GGUAAGAGUUAUGACAUCUAAAAAAAUCAACAAAUAAAAUUUAUAAAUAUUUAAAUAUUUAAUGUAAAUAAUAAAUUAAAUUUCAAAUACAAAAUAAACCAAAAGUAAAAAAUUAUUAUAAUAAAUUAUCAAUAACAGAAAUAAACUAACAUCAAAUCACAUCAACUAGUUUUGGUUCUCUCUACCAUCAUUCACUUUAUUGCUUCAAGUGACAUAGUAAAAUCUUCAUUAAUAUCUAAAAAAUCACAAAUAUAAAAUUGAAAAGAAAAAACUUAACUUUUUUUGUCGGUAUAUAACUUCUUAAUUAAAAAUUUAUAACAUAAAACAUAAUCUAAAAACAUAACUAAAAAAAAAGAAAAGUAAAAAUUAUUUAUUAGUUCAACCAGUGGUUUAACCGGUAUCGGGUUCCUUGUUCUAGUGGGUUUUUGUGGGUUUUUGCGGGUUUCUAAAUAUGGGGUUUUUCACAAAACCCAAACCAAAUUUUUUCUGGGUUGCCGGGUUUACUGGUUCAACCGCGGUCCGGAUCGGGUUUCAAAACACAAAUCCAAAAUCAUAAAAAAUCCGCGGGUCCGGUUAAAUAUUUAGAAGAAAUCCGCGGGUUGGUUAGGUGAUCACUGAUCAGUUAAGUCUCUGCCUUAAAAAAAAAUCAAUAAACAAAGAUCCAAAAUCAUAGAUUCCUAAUUUAUCAGUUUUUAGAUCAAUACAUUGAAACAUCUCCUAUGAAAACUUCUUAACCCAACUAACAGACUACUCACUCAUAAUCAAAGAAAAAUAACAAAAUGAUUCUAUAAAAUAAUUGCGUUGAAAAUGAUAGAAAGAUAAAAAAAUCUUCUCCAAAAUAAGUACACGAGAAAUUUCUUUCCAAAAGUCUACAAUAUGAUCCAAAGGCUCACAAAUCACCCUCAAUCUCUCUAUGGCCGUCAAGAACAAAAAUGAUAGAAUACAAUCUUUGGUCAAUUUUCUUGGUAAAAAGGUAUUCAAAAUGCGUCUCUUUGUAAAAAAAGACACUCAUCAGUUAACCAGUCAUGCUAGUAUGAUUUAUGUUUCAAUCUGAUUCAAAUUUAGGUUUUAGAUUGAAGAAAGAAAAAUUCAUUUUGAUUCUAUCUCGUAUUUAAUACUCUUUUAGUUAUUCUUUCAAUGUUUUCGUUAAUUAUAUAAGUUUUUAUAUGAAUGAAAUUAUUCUAUCGGCAAAUCCCUAACAUCUUACAAAACAAUGCCAUAUUUUAAACAGUUUUUGAAAAUAAACGUGGUUGCCGUUAACGCUAUUAAUAAAAAUAUUUUCUCAAAUUAUAUAGGAGAUAAUUACAUAACUAGACGGAGAAGUGUAACCGAAACUAAUAGAUCGUGAUGUUAACAAAGAAAUUGUGCACCGACGAUGUUGAAUAUGAGUGGUAAUGAACAAAAACUGUUCAUCUAACUUCUUGUUUGUUUAGAAAACAACAACUACAAAAAAAAAGAGAAAACAACAACUACGUACGUUGCAGAAAAGAAAGAAAAAAAUGAUAGUUACAUGUGGCUAAUCUCUUUCAAACGCACAUGUGAAUCCGACGUUUGUAUCUUGGAGAAACAGUAGCAUAAUUUUCAACAUAUUCGCUUUUCUUUUGUAAUCUACAUAUUCGUAUAUAUACAUGUAUUCGAAGUUUCGUAUUUUUAGAUAAGUCGAAGUUUCAUAUUUGUAUAUACAUAUAUAAGUUUUAAGGAUUAUAUAUGAUCACACAAUAACAAAGAAUCACUUUCUUUAUGCAUCUCUUAAGGAAAUUGUCUCAAAACUUUAAGCUGUCUUAAACACAAUUUCCAAAACUUACAGUUAUUCAACACACUUGUAUCUUCUUAUAUAGAAAUAUAUAUUUCCUAAACACAUUUAACUUAUCUAGAUAAUUUAUGUUCUUCCUAAUCAUUACUAGAUUAGGAUUGGAGUUGUUUCUCUACAUAAUUAAUAAGGCUAACGAGCACUUUCGUACAUAGAAUAUAAAUAAAAGGAGAUAAAAGAUCUCCUUGAUUGCUCAUUCAUAAGAACUUUGUAUUUAACCAAGGUGAUACAUCGCAUUAUCAAGGUAAUCCAAAAUUUUGAGAAUCCCAUUUUUCUCAUAACUGCUUCAAUGAACGACCAUUUUCAUCUUAUCAUACACUUUAUUCAUAUCCGUUUUUACGGCCAUCAUUUUAUUACGUCCGCUUGGUUUAGUUCUCAGAAUAAGGAAUAUUUUUUGUAAAAUCAUAAUAUUGUCUAAAAUCUUUCUUCCACUAAUUAUCCGGUCUAUGAACCUACUUUAGAUGCAUAGCAAAGAGUGCUAAUUUGACUUACCAUUCAGUGACCGGAGCUGUAAGAUCGUCAUUAAUUGACUAUGUAAUCAUUGUGGAUAUCUCAAACAUCGUUUCCUCAAUUUCUUGUGAAUUGGAAAACUCAAAAUUUUACCUAAAAUAACUAAUAGCAAUGACUACCAAUACUUUUUCAUCCUCAACAAUAUUUCUAUUUGCGUCUAAAAGCUGAUUGAUAUUAUUUUUCGUUUUCUUUUGCUUUGUUAAAGCAUGAAUUUUUUUUUUGUGUUUCUAUUACUUUCUUUUAAUCAGAAAAUUCGACUUUUUUUGUUUACAAAAUAUUUCUUUUAUUUUAAAAGCAUCUUUUAGUUUUUUCAAAGUUUCUACUAUUUCUUCGGUCGUGGCAUCGUUAUACGAGUACAUACGCUCUACCUUUUUAUAACUUCUUUCGCAAGUUUUUUUUAGUUCAAAUUGUGCUCUUUUUUCUACUGACUUAAGGUUUUACACAGUUCGAAAUAUGUUCUAUGAUAUUUGCGUCAGGGAAAAAGGGAAAAGAUCUGAAGAUUUUUCAUCUUUCAAGAAUAACAUGCUUUAGUUCCUCAUUGUCCAGGUCAAAUUUGAACUUUUUUUUAUUUUUUCGUUGGCUUUGUGAGAACGACUGCUAGGAAUGAUAUACUUUCUUAUUAUUGAUUAGAAUAUGAGUCAUUAUUAUCAAAUGCAGUUGCAGACGAUAAGAUUGUGAAUUUUCUAGAAUAGUCAAACGAGAAUAAGGUCUAGUUGAUCUACUGGCUACUAGUCGAUCCUAGACAUAGAAUGUUGUGAAGUGCUAAAGUCCAAAUGAUAUCACAUUGUGAAGAUAUAUGUUCGAAAUAACCCGUUAACCCGAUUAAUUUUUUUAUGUUGAUUAUCUGUGACACCAAAUUACAUUGACUUUUAAAAAGUGUUUCUUAAGAAAAACAACAAAUUAAACGUAUUUAAACUAGCGUAACCUUUGGAUGAACUAUUUUCGAUUUUAUACUAAAAUACUAAAUACUGUGUAAGUAAACACGAAUGCAUUUUUUAUAUAUAAAUGAGACUAAUCAGCAAAUCUAAUAAAAGAACAAGAGAUCCACAUCCUAAAAGCUGAAUCCGUACAACAAUAAAGUGCCAAUUAAUCUCAAGAAUAGAGUGGUAACAAAUCUAUAUCAUAAACAUUGAUUAUUUGUCGACAGUCGAAUCUAGAUUACAUUACGAAAAGAAAACGAUAGAAAUAUCCACAUCCGUGAUCAUCAGUCAAAUUGUAAAUAGAUAAUACAGCUUAAUUAGAGACUAAUCUUUUCCAAAUAAUAAUUUCACAUAAUCAAAUACGACACACUUACCGAAAGUUUUUCUUUAAUAUUUUUGUCAAAAAGAAAAUAGAAAAGGUAAUUAUAUUAGAAAAUUCCAAGAGAGAGAAAAAAAAAGUAAACAUUGAUUAUUCCAAUAGAGUGGUAACAAAUCUAUAUCAUAAACAUUGAUUAUUUGUCGACAGUCGAAUCUAGAUUACAUUACGAAAAGAAAACGAUAGAAAUAUCCACAUCCGUGAUCAUCAGUCAAAUUGUAAAUAGAUAAUACAGCUUAAUUAGAGACUAAUCUUUUCCAAAUAAUAAUUUCACAUAAUCAAAUACGACACACUUACCGAAAGUUUUUCUUUAAUAUUUUUGUCAAAAAGAAAAUAGAAAAGGUAAUUAUAUUAGAAAAUUCCAAGAGAGAGAAAAAAAAAGUAAACGCGUAGACAGAUGGCGACAGGAGAAAAGAAUUACGAUCAAAGAAACUAGACAUCUUUCUCUAGACGUUUCACAUUGUAUUUCUCAUUUUCGAUCUUGAAAAGUGAAAGCUCCUAAAAAUAUCUAACAUUUGCUUUGGUCUUUAGAGAUCUUUGGUGAUUCUUGUUUAUCUUUUACUUGGUUUCUUAAUUAUUUCAUCAUAUGGAUGGGCAUCAGCAUCAGCUUCACCACCUUCAAUACCUCAAAAAACAUAGUCACCAUGUUCAUCCUCAAUCUCAAACACCAGAAAUAGCGUCUCCCGCAACUGUGGCCGCAGGGGAUAGGUUUCCACAGUGGAGCUUAGAAGAGACAAAAGAGUUGAUAGCAAUAAGAGGAGAGCUGGAUCAAACUUUCAUGGAGACAAAACGGAACAAGCUUCUCUGGGAGGUUGUCUCUAACAAGAUGAGAGACAAAAGCUUUCUUCGUAGCCCUGAACAGUGCAAGUGCAAGUGGAAGAACCUCGUCACUCGUUUUAAGGGAUGUGAGACAAUGGAUGCAGAGUCAGCAAGACAACAAUUCCCUUUUUAUGAUGAUAUGGAAAUUAUAUUUACAAGUAGAAUGCAGAGAAUGAUAUGGGUCGAAUCCGAGGGAGGAGGAGGGGGAGCAAGUGGGACAACCAGAAAAAGAAGUCACUCAGAGCAGUUCUCUUCAGAUGAAGAGGAAGAGAACGUGAAUGAAGAGCUAGUAGAUAUCAGCAAUGACCCGAAAAUCCCAAACCCCAAAAAGAACAUAGUGAAGAAGCGAAAAGGCGGUAUUAGUAAUAGUAAUGCCAGUAAUAGUGUAAGGGAAGUUUUAGAUGAGUUUAUGAGACAUCAGAUGAGAAUGGAGAACGAGUGGAUAGAACGCUGGGAGGCAAGGGAGAAGGAGAGAGCAGAGAGAGAAGAAGAGUGGAGAGGGAAGAUGGAGGAGAUUGAGAAGGAGAGAGUGAAGAUGGAGCGGAUGUGGCGGGAUAGAGAGGACCAAAGACGGUCGAGGGAGGAGAUGAAGGCUGAGAAGAGGGAUUCACUUAUCAGUGCAUUGCUUGCUAAGCUUACUAGAGAUGGUUAAUUCUAUCGAAGUCUAAUAUUUUAACGUAAGUUAACUUGUUCUUUCUAUGCAUGUUAUGGGGUUGUAGGUUUAAUUAUUUAAUAGUUAAAAGUAUAUCGAAAAACUGAAUACUCGUAUAUCGAGUUUUCUCGUGGGGCUAUAGGAAUAUAUUAACCCCCAUAUAUAUAUAUUAUUUUCUUCCUGUUUUGAUUUUGGUUAAUCUAUUGGGCCAUAUUAUUAUCUUUCCAUUCAUUCUUUUAUCAAGUUUGUUGUGAAAUAAUUAUCUUUGCAUUUUCUCUAUUUAUCUGUAGAAUUGAUGAAAUAACUAUUCUAUCUCAUUCACGUUAAACAGUAAAUAAUAUUUUGGAAUUAAUAGAAUAGCUCAUUCCAAAUCAUUCUACUUCAAAUAUGAUCAUGGUUUUUGAUUAGAAGUUCUUUUUCACUUUAAAAUAUUUAUAUUAAUUAUGUAAAACUACAACGGAACACCAAAACUGGAUUAUCCGAAGAACUAAAUUUAAAAGUUUUAUAAAAAUCAAAACUUCAACAAUUAAGGGAACCAAAAGCCGACAUAAAACCAUCCUCCGAAUGUAAGAUAUCAAACAAAGUCUCACAUUGAAAAUUAGACGAAGAAAUAUCUAAUAUAUAAAGAGAUGUUCAACUCUAAUUAUUAGUACGAGAACUUUUGGAAAAAAAACAAAAAAUGAAACUAUGCGGACUUGCCUAAAGCAUAAAGUGGACAAUCUAUCGUACUAAUCAAACAUUAUAUAGUUGGACAUAGAUAUAAUAAAUCUCAACACCGAAACUAAAAGAAAUUACAUAUCAACAUGAUGCGACUUAAACACAUGAGAGAAUCAAAUAAUAUGCUUCUAUAAUCCAAGGACACUUAAACCACGAAAAGCACAUAAAGAAGAGCAAACGCGGCACUGCAGAGCUCAGAAAAAGCUACUGGACAGACCUACAGUUGGAAACCGAAGAGAUAUAAAACAAGGGAACUGGGAGCAAAGCACGAAAGACAACGAGAACACAAUGAUAAAUUACCACAGAUGCAGCAGUCCAGUUAGUUUAAGCGUAGGCAUUGGUGCUAUUGUACUUCUGGAUUCAAUCUACCGUCGAAGGGAUGUUUUACGCCAAAAUGGUAUCAGCCCCGGCCAGGUCCCGGCCUGGGGGAUUAAGGGUCUUUGGCCUGGAAUCUCCAGAUAUUACGUCUGUUGAACUAGCAACACCGACUUCUAUUGUUCAUGAUAUUUUAAAAGUUGAAUUGAAUACAUUUCAGUAGUUUCUUAGUCAUUCAACAUUUUUAAGAAGUGAAUUACAUUUAAUUUGGAUUUUUUUUUUAAAUACCAUUUGUUCAUUCAUCUCCUAGAAACAGAGUAUCUUUACAUUUUGGAAUUGAUAGAUGAUUAAAAGAAGCUUUAAGAUAUUGAAUUUGCUGAAAAGAAUUGGACAGACAAAGUGGCAGACAUAGUUAUCUUUAUCCCACGUCUGGAUUCAAAAUGUUCAGAAAACGUUUUUUUCCUUGGUGUAUUUUGAUAUUAAUAUGGUAACUAAUUAGUACUCGCAAUUUUAUCUUCGUGGCCCAUAAGAAUAUCUAACAUUCUAAGCAAAUCAAGCGGUAUAACACUAAGAAAAAGAUGAUUCACGUGCUUAGCUUUGGCCUUUGGGUACAUGAAUUAGAGCGUUUCGGUUGAAAGGGACAACAAGACAUAUAUACUGUCACCGACAUUGACCUUUUUGUUGGCAAAGCAAAUGCUACAACGUUAACUUGUUUGUAUCCUUGAGACUUGAAAAUCGGCCGUUAAUUCCAUUUCAAAGUGGGGUAAUUGUUUGUUUCCCUACCGUUUUGCUUUACUAGUCAAAAGAAAAAAAAAGAAUCAAACUAAAAACUUCUUUAAAAAUAUACUUUAUUUGUUUGAAUUUAUUCUGUUAUCUAGCAUGUGUUAAAUAUGUAAUUUGCAUGGGUAUUGCAGAUUCAUAAAAUUUAAGAAAGAUCAUGUAUCUAUCUUAAGGGGGUGUAUUCAACUAGACGUUUGAAAUGAUCUAUAUUAAAAUGAUAAAUCUACUAUUAUUCAAACGUGGAUUUAAAAAAAUAUUUUAAAGUUUAGUGUUAUUGAACUUAUCAUUUCAUAAAAUACUAUGAAAUCAACUGUUAUUGAACAAAUUUUAAAUUGGAAACUUUAGACUAUUUUAAAUGUUUCUAGAGUGUUUGAGAAUAAUUUUUUAGUUAUAAAAAUAAAAAUAAAAAUAUCAUUGUUUUAGAUGAGAUUUUAGAGUGUUUUAAUAAAAAUCACACCAAAUUCUCUGAUUCACCUGCAAUCAUCUACAAACUCAUCAAAAGUCAAAUCACUCCAAAUUCUUCCGUUCUCCUGAAAUCAUGUCAAACUCAUUAUAAGUCUUGACAGCUAUUAAAAGUAUUUCCACCGCUAGAUAGAUAUGAAUAUCUUGUUGAUAAAAAAAAUUAGAAAAUAAAAACUGAAGAAAUAAAAGAGAUAGUAUGUUAAAGAGAAAAACUUGGCAACACGUGAUUAGUCUGGAUCACUUAUGUGGGGCCAGGAUAACUCUGUAUAAUUCAAAAAAAAAA